GAGCCAUAUAAGAAGAAGUAAUAGAUAGAUAGAUAGCACAUAACACAGCUUUAGAGAGAGCAGCAACAAUGGCACUGCUGUGUGGUACAGCUUCGGUGAAGUUUCCUUCAUCUUCAUUCACUCCUCACAAAAAUGCAACAGCUAAAUCAUCCUUUGUUGGCUUCCAAUUGCCACUUUCAAAGCUUUCAUUAUCUUCUUCUUCUUCUGUUCGGACCCAUUUCCCUGCAACUUUCCGUGUCCGUUCUCAGCAAGAGGAUUCUUCCCUAGUCACACAAGAUCCACGCUUCAUGUGCGUUGAACCCGAACCCCGAUUCAAAGGCCCGGACAUUUGGAACAAGACCUAUUAUCCAAAAGCUGCAGAUCAUGUGAUUCAUGAGAAAACAUGGUAUGUUGUUGAUGCUACUGAUAAAAUUCUUGGAAGACUAGCAUCAACAAUUGCUAUUCACAUCAGAGGGAAAAAUUUAGUGACCUAUACUCCCAGUGUGGACAUGGGUGCGUUUGUAAUUGUGGUAAAUGCAGAAAAGGUUGCUGUAAGUGGGAAAAAGAGGACCCAAAAGCUUUAUAGGAGGCACUCGGGACGACCUGGUGGUAUGAAAGUGGAGACAUUUUCCCAGCUACAGAACAGAAUUCCUGAAAGAAUUGUUGAACAUGCUGUUCGUGGCAUGCUUCCAAAAGGGAGGCUUGGCAGGAAACUAUUCACCCACCUGAAGGUUUAUAAGGGCCCAGAUCAUCCACAUGCAGCGCAGAAGCCCAUUGACUUGCCAAUAAGGGAUAAGAGAAUACAGUUGGACAGAUAGGUCAUAUAUGUACCAGAAAAAAUGGAAUGAUAUAUGAAAAACAUAGAUCAUUGUCUGAUGCAUUCCACAGAACUUUUGAGUUUCUUGCUCUAGCUGCUAGCUUGCUGAUGUAGGUUUGAAUCUUGGACUGCAAUAUUUUUUUAAUAUGCUUUUUAUUGGCAACUUUUUCAUUUGAAGGAAAUCUUCCAUCCCU